CGCGGCGAAGGACACAGCGCCCGAGCGGGCCGAACGGGACCGGAGCGAGCCGAGCCGAACGGGACCGGAGCGAGCCGAGCCGGGCCGAGCCGAGCCGGAGCGAGCGGGCCCGGGCAGGCUGAGGCGCCAUGAGCGGCCCCCUGGAGGAUGAGAAGCUGCGGGUGCAGCAGCUCCGCGCCCUGCGGCGCCGCUGGCUGCGGGACCAGGAGCUGAGCCCGCGGGAGCCCGUCCUGCCGCCGCGAAAGCUCGGGCCCGUGGCCGCCUUCUGGGAGCGCUUCCUACAGCCCGGGGAUGCCUGGCGGCAGCAGGUGCACAAGGUCUACCAGGGCAGCCGCUUCGUCUUGCUGCGGGUGCUGCUCCCCGCCUGGGCCCUCACCUACUACCUGAAGUACCACGUCCAGAAAUCGCCGCAUGGUGCGGUUAUGACAAAUCCACGGAUAUUCCCAGGGGACAGGAUUUUAGAGACUGGAGAGAUCAUGCCACCCCUGAAAGAUGAGCUCCACAAGCACCACUGAUGGCCAGGAGCCGAUUUCCUCCUUGGGUGAACAUGGCAAGAGCUGCACCUGCUUUGUCUCUUCCAUAAAAAUGUCUUUAUUCUG